GCGAGCAGGUAGAGAGUGUCAAUGAGAUCCCAGGGGAGCGAGAGACAGUCCGGGAGGCAGACUUUGGGGACGGUGUCGUAACUGUACACGGCGUCUCUUCACUUUACCAACUUUAAAUGGAGAUCACGCGGAGUUUGGACCACUCUUAUCCCGUACUUUUUGGAGUGUUCCUACUGUGUAAUCUCUGAUGAUUUUGAUAAACAAUUCAUUUUCCCUCAGUGCUCUCGGGAGGAUCGUCUCUAAUUUCUUACAGUGCAGCGGAGGCACUGAACUCAGAGAAUAGCCUGUGUGUGUGUGUGUCUGUGUGUGUGUGUGUGUGUUUUUACAGUGAGUUGGUUUAAAUGAGGAGCGACUGGAGAGAAUAAGUUGAUGGGUUGGUUAGAGAAGUCGCUUUGGUUUCGGACCCAUAAUCACCAAGUACGUGAAGCAAGGCAGCGGUGCGUUUGCUCGGGUUAAUAAUUAGAGAGAGCGGGGUAGCCUGCUGCAUUUAACAACUUCGAGGAUUAUUUUUCGCAACUCCUUAGUUGUAAAAAUAUUACCCAACUUUUUGGCACUGCGCUAUCUGUCAACAUGCCUCCUAACUCUCCGACGGCAACCUGCCCCCCCGCCUUUGAAGUUCAAGUUGUCGCUCCGUUGCGUUUUUGUGGAUGUAUCCAGAAAAUGUGGCGCCCACAGGAUGUGCUAUCUUCUGACGCUUCUGUUUGUGUGUUUGGUUAUUAUAAGGUACAGUGACUGGCGUACACUGUAAUAUUAAUAACAAUAAAGAACAGCAGUUUGGAUACUGAUGAAGAUUGACGCACUGUUGCCAGGACGUGCCCUUCUGGGAGAGGAUACAGCAGCUCCAUAACGCAAACACUUUCCAUUAGUUGUGUAUCUCAUGAGGACCAGGCUGUUGGAAACCAAUGCACACUUCAAGCUCUGAGACAGCACUGCGUGUGUCUGUGAGCGUGCAGUGUUUCUAUGACACUGGAUAAAAGUUCAUUCAAGCUUCUUGUAGCUCGGUUUUCUCUGAGGAUUGUUCCAUGGGGACUGGCCACUGAGUAGCCUAAUCUGCAUUUUCUAUAACGUGUGGAGUUUCAAUGUAACUGGUGCUGAAUGGAAGUUUUAGGACAUUCAACCGUGAGUUAUGAUGGCAGACCUUCAGCUUUAAAAGUUUGGAUUGGAUCUGUUUAGCAGUAGUCGAGAAGAAGUGGGACAUCUACUUUGUCCGUUUGUUUUUCCGCGGUGCUUGCCUGCUUUGAAGUCCACCAUGUGCGGCCGGGCCCCGCCGCUACAGCCGAGGCCAUGAUCGUCCCCCAGCGGCGCCUGGCCGGGCUCUGGCCGUGGCUGCUCAUGGCGGCCCUGCAGGUGGUGCUGGGCCAGCCGGGCCUGGAGUCCGAGCGGCCGGCCCUCCGAGCUGUCAUCAAGGUGGCACUGCUGAAUCAUGAGCUGACGGGGAAGACCAUCACCUUGCAAGGGUUGUUCGUGGGAGGAAGUGCCGGCUACGCGGAGGGAAAACUCAUGCAGUAUCACCCUCUGUCUCUGUGCAACACAAGCGAGGAUGAACGACAAGAGAGUGACUUCAUCACCAUUGUCAAACUGGAGCACAGGGUACCCCGCUGUCUGCCGCUGCUCGAUAAGGCUCGCAUGGCAUUGGACAAAGGAGCUCAGGCUGUUAUCUUCGAUGUCAGUGACGAUGCCAACGCUGCUGCUGAGCUGCGAGAAACCGACUCCCUUCCCCGUCCAGUCGUGCUGGUGGAGGCGGAGGAUGCUGAGGAGCUGAUGGGUUUGGUCAACAAGAACGAAGAGGCCAAAGUUCGUAUUGAGAUCAUGGGGGAGCAGCCUACAUGGCCACAUUACGAUGUGGGGAUCCUGCUCACCAUUGUCCUAGCUAUUCUGACCAUCGUCCUGAUAUUUGCUUUCCGCUACAAGUGCAAGUCCAACAGGACCUGGGACUCCGUCCAUCAGCAGACCAUGCGGGCCAUUAGUCGAUUGGAGACCAAAACCUACAGCUCCCAGGGCUGCUCGGGCUCUCAGCACCACCAGGCACCCUGGGGGUCGGGCAGCAGCUCCAACUCGAGCCCUGUAUGUGCUAUCUGCCUGGAGGACUUCCAGGACGGCCAGCAUUUGAGGAUCAUCUCCUGCGCUCAUGAGUUCCACAAAGAGUGCGUCGACCCCUGGCUGCUACAACACCGCACCUGUCCCCUCUGUAUGCACAACAUCAUGGGGACGGAGCGGCAGCCCCAGAGGAACAGACUCCAGCAGAGUGUGGAGCAAAGCCAGAGUUUCCUUCACUCUCAGCCUUACAGCAGCCCACGCAACCACCCCUUCCCCCAGCACGCCAUCCCCUUCUCCAUGAGGCCCCACUAUCCUCGUGGACCCUCUGGACAUUAUCCCACCCUGGGCCACUACACCAGCUCUUCUCCCAUGGAUGCCCAAACACUACGUUUCCUAACCAGCAGGCCGCUUGCGUCCGGCUGUGGGUACCACCUUCCUGCAGAAGGCCCAGGGAGGCCCCACAGGAUUGGAGGUAACUGCAGGACUUCCACCCACCACUACGCAUCACGUCGGCCCUGCCACAACUAUAGGUCAUCCUGUCCGGCCCAGCGCAGCGCAUCCAGCUCAAGACUGCAGCACACGGCCUCCGUCACACAACAGCCGCGUGGAGCGCCGGCCCACAGCCGGCAGGACGACGCCAGCUGCUCGGGUGGCAGCUACCACACGGAACGCAGCGGGUACUUGGCCGAUGGGCCCGCCAGUGACUCCAGCUCAGGACCAUGCCACGGCUCCUCCAGCGACUCAGUUCUCAAUUGUACUGACGUGUCCCUGCAGGGGGUUUAUGGCAGCUGGUCCACCUUCCGUAGCUCUCUGAGCAGUGAUUAUGAUCCGUUUGUGUAUUACGGGCCAGGGCCUGGGCGCGCCCCUCGCAGGAACAGCCUGGAGGCCGAUGCCCAGGCCCGGCCCAGGUCUCUGGAUUCUGUGGUGAACAAAGCAGGCUGCCCCGAGGAGCAGCCGCAGACUGUGUUUAGCCACAUCCACUUCCACCGCCACAGACACCACCACUAUGAGGAGGGGGAGCACAGCCAGGGCCCGAGCAGAGGCUCGGACGAGGAGCAGGGGGGCGCUGCUGCUGCUGCUGCGGCACCUGCUCCUCUAGUCCUGGACAAAGACUUGCCUGUCUGCCCUCCUAAGCACAGCCCCUGCCAGUGCCCAAAGCCAGACCCCACAGAUCGGCCAAGUCCUGGGACUGAGUGUCAGGACCAUGACCUCAACAGCCCUGCAGGACCUCCUGUUUCCUGUCUGGUCCCAUUACAGCUUCAACCCCACUGCUGCCAUCAGGGGCACGGACACCCUCCCGCUCCUCUUGGGCGAGUGGGUGGCUGUGUGCUUGAUGGGCCCUCCGUCCGCUUCCACCAGAGCCUAGAUCUGCAGGACGACCGUAGCAUCCACAUCCACUACGGCCAGGGCCCGGGUUUCUGCUGCUCCCCUCCGGAGCUGCACCCUGCCUUGCUCCCCGUGCCCCUCAUCCUGGACUCUGGAGGUAUGGAGGACUGGCCUUGCUAUGCCGGGGCCCAUGUUGUGUGGCAAAAGCGGGUGCAGCAGGCCCGCUCAGAGCCUCAGCUCUUGGGGCCCGGGACCUCUAUGGACAGGCCACCCUGCAGGUUCCAGCACGGCCCUGGUGCCGACCGCAACACAGACAUUUGUUUGUACUGCCAAACACUACACUACAAUCAGGGAUCAGAAGAGGAGUCUGGCGUGUGAAAACUUGUUGCAUCCCCGUUAUCCCGCUGCUACACCGGAGCCAGAAUGGACAAGCCUCUCGUUUCUUCCACAUAAUUCCACCAGCAAUGCCUUGGUUCAGCCGAUUCCC